AUCUGUAUUCCUCGUCGAUGGCGCUGUGAUGGAAACGACGACUGCGGUGAUGGUUCUGACGAACGACCAGCAAUCUGUCAGCUGAUAGACUGCCCACCAGAGACACGAUUCCGCUGCGACAACUUCAAAUGUAUUCCUCGUUGGAGAUUAUGUGACAAGGUCGACAACUGUGGGGAUGGCUCUGACGAAAACGACAUUGACCUAUGUACACCACGCCCGGUCAAGUGUUCCACAGACCAGUACAGGUGUGCUAACCGCCAGUGUGUGGAUGCUCUCCACGUGUGUAAUGCCGUCAUGGACUGCGAGGAUGCCUCAGACGAACGUGGCUGUCAUAAGUUGUCAGGGAAUGUGAACUGCUCUGUAAACAGUGGUGGGUU